AUGCACCACCUUGUUCACCAGCCGACUUCAAAAUCAAGAAGAAGAAGGUCCAAGAUGGCGGCCUCCGCAGCGUCGCGUGAACUCUUCACGGAGGGAGUUCGGGCGGUUCUUCAGACGUGGCCGGUUCUACAGAUCGCAGUGGACAACGGCUUUGGAGGCGUUUACGGCCAGCAGAAAGCUGAUUGGAUGGUGGAUGUCGUUCAGCAGUAUUUCCAUGACAACGCUGACCUGCAGCAGUAUGAGGUGGAGGAUUUUCUGUCUCAGCUGAUGGAUCAGGAGUUUGAUACGGUGGUGGAGGAUGGCAGCUUACCUCAGGUGUCGCAGCGUCUGCUGCAGCUGUUCUCCCUCUAGCAGGGGGCGCUGCAGCAGCUCCGGAGCACCAUCCACAUACUGACUCAGAGCAAAGCGCCAAGGGCAAAGGUCACGGCUCCGGCUACGCAGUCAGAUGACGAGGAGAGCAACAGCGAAACGCAGGGCAUGGAGUGUGAGGAGUCCUGCCCGUCCCUCAGCACCAUACGUCCUCCUCCUCAGGACGAAGAGGACGGCUGGACCAUGGUCCGGAGGAAGAAGUGACGAGCAGAACCAGAACUUUACAAACCAGACUUGAACUGGACUCCACCGUGGAGCCGCCAUUUUAAGGGCGGAGCCUCCAUGAAGGCGCUGCAAAGUCCAGAUGAUCCGGUUCUGAUGGCCUAGUUGGAAAACUGUCUUCGUUUAUUUAGAACAUUAAAAUGGGUCAAAUUAAACAGAACCAAUCAAUUUUAAAAUAUCAGUCCAUUAAAAUUCUUCUCAUAUGUUCUGGUUCUCUGGUCCAGCAGAACCAGAACCAGGUGGAAACUUUGAUGAUGACGGAUCCGAUCUGAUCCAGAACCACAUGCUAGCAUAUCAGACUGGACCCGGACUGUCUGGUUCUGUGCUGCUUUAGGUCAAAUUCUGACUGGUUCUGGAUGUUUCAGUUCUUUGAAGUUAAAAAUAUUUUGAUAUUUUUAUUAUUAAU